GCCGGGGCCGGGAAGGCCGGCGCGGGCAGCGCGCGCACUUGGCUUCGGGGCCGGGCAGGUUGGCCAGCGCGCUGCAGGGGCGGGGCCGCCCGCUAACCGCCCUCCUCCUCUCCCGUAGGUGAGGCCGGCGCCUGCCCCGGAGCUGCUGCGACAUGGCAGCGUGACAGCCCAGGACUGCCCUGCCAGGAGAAACGGAGCCCGAGGCUUCAGGGAGCGAAUGCCCUGAGCAGUGACUUCCUUCUGAGGCUUCCUGAGCCUUCUUCCCCACCGGCUUGCGUUGUUAUUAACCCCGUGGACUCCUGACUCUUUUUCCGCCUUGAACAUCAAUAUGUGUCAUGUUAUUGUCACCUGUCGCUCGAUGCUCUGGACCCUCCUGAGUAUUGUGGUGGCUUUUGCAGAGCUCAUUGCCUUCAUGAGCGCUGACUGGCUAAUUGGGAAAGCCAAGACCCGCAGCAACGCUGAGCCCGAUGACCAGAGCGGAGGCUCCUCGGAGCCCUACCACCCUACUCUGGGAAUCUAUGCCCGCUGCAUCCGGAACCCCGGGGUGCAGCACGUCCAGCGGGAGACGCUGUGCGGGCCCUACGCUGAGAACUUCGGCGAGAUUGCCAGUGGCUUCUGGCAGGCCACCGCUAUUUUCUUAGCCGUGGGCAUUUUCAUUCUCUGCACAGUGGCCUUGGUGUCCGUCUUCACCAUGUGUGUGCAGAGCAUCCUGAAGAAAAGUAUUUUCAAUGUCUGCGGGCUCUUGCAAGGCAUUGCAGGCCUCUUCCUCAUCCUCGGUCUGAUACUCUACCCAGCGGGCUGGGGCUGCCAGAAGGCCGUAAGCUACUGCGGACACUAUGCGUCAGCCUACAAACCUGGAGACUGCUCCUUGGGCUGGGCUUUUUAUACAGCCAUCGGUGGCACAGUCCUCACCUUUCUCUGUGCCAUCUUCUCCGCACAAGCAGAAAUUGCAACCUCCAGUGACAAAGUACAGGAAGAAAUCGAAGAGGGGAAAAACCUUAUCUGCCUCCUUUAGAGACAUUAAUGCCAUUUUCUUCCUUGUGUAACCUUGUGUAACAGUCUGCAUUUGGUUUUGUCAUUUGAGUCAAGUGAAGAACUAGCCUUUACCUACCAAGCCACAUUCCACAGCCCCCAAACCCUGAGCCUUAAGAGGGCCAACGAGAGGCAAUAAGCAGAGUAUCUACACACGAGGGCCGCAGUGAGACAGAACACGAAAAUUGUACAUAAACCCUGACAUGCAGCUGAUACAUUGUCAGACUCUGUUGUCUCCAAGGCUCAAUGAAGGAUAAUGAUCUAAACCAUUAAAGCAGCAAUUUCUUCGGAAACAGGAGACUGUUAACCAGAUUCGCAGGCUGUUUUGAGAUGUGUGUUUGCUACAAGAUUGCAUACCUGUGAGCAUCUCUGCCUCAGAAUGAAGUUUAGGGGUUGGUGUAUUGUUUCCUGUUUCUUUCAAGUUAACUCAGUCAGAGGCUACAACAAAGAGCGCACACUUACCAGGGACAGGAUGUAUGCUAAAGGGCAUAACAAGAUACUGUCUCUUGCUUAGCCGACCAAAGGAAGUUGGCAGGGAUGGUGUGGGAUCCUGGUGUGGAACGUAUUCUCGGCUGAAUUCCAGUGUAGGGUGGAUCAAUUGAACUGUCACUCCGAGUAAAGACCUGUGUGAUCAUGCGAAAAAAGUACAAAAUCCUGCUAGUGAAGACAAAUUCACUGUGCUUCCCAGCAGUCAGGCUAGUGCCAGUACUGGCCCAGCCUCUUCUUCCACUGGACAUCACAUUUUCUUCUAGGGUUAGGGCUGCACUUUGACUGCCAAACAAAAUCUAUUUCCUCAUUCCAGGCAGAGAGGUCUCCAAGCCAGCUAUGGCUUAUUCACAUGUUCACUGGGAGAACUUGCCAGAAUCUCAGCACCUGUGAGGAGACCUUUUCUCACUGUUGAUGAUGCAGUAGUCAGCUGUAUUUCCAACCUCAGCAGCAGCAGAAUAGCAUUCUUUGGAGGAAAAAAAAAGCUAGUCAUAGGAGUUAAGUUUUUAUAGUCACUGGUGUUGGCCCUGAAAGCACCCUAAAGUAACAUUAAAUUGCUGCACCUGAUGAGCUGCCACAAAGGCUUCAUUCCCAGCAAAGUACAGAGUAGAAAGUUAAUGCAAAAACAAGAGCAAGACCAAGCUCAUAGCACCAGCCUAUACCUGUUUACAAAAAGAACUGACCACCCCUAUUUGUAAAGGAUUUAGGGGCUUUUAAUCUAGUUUCUAUAAAUUGCCAGUAUAAUUGAUUCAGGUAAAUGGUAUUAGUUCUGACCUCACAUUUACUUUGGAAUGAUGAAAAUGGCCAGAAAGAACCCAGUCUGGUAUUACUCUGAGUUUCAGAAUUGCAGAAUGAUAAACACUUCUUCACAACUUAACCAAGUAGAAUGGACCUGUCAGAUUUCUAGAAGAAUUGGAGGUAUAGGUCUCUUUGGGUUUAUGAAUCUGCUCACUUGAGGGCUUGCUUUGUUUGAAAACUUAAUUACCACACUCCUUCUUUGGGCAUGGUAUUGUAUGCUAAGUGCCACCAGGCAUAUAACCCUGAUUCAGAUUUUACAAGCCUGCCCUGAAUGAAUCAUUAAGCUGUGAGAGUCUAAAACCAUGCCUUGGUGCAGAACAAAUAACUGCUUUAUAGCUAGCUAGCUGUCUAGCUGUCUGUCUAUCUAUCAUCCAUCUAUCUAUCUAUCUAUCUAUAUCUAUCAUCUAUCUAUCUAUCUAUCAUCUAUCAUCAUCUAUCAUCUAUCAAUCUAUCAUCCAUCAUCUAUCAUCUGUCUAUCAUCUAUAUCUAUCAUCUAUCAUCAUCUAUAUCUAUCAUCUAUCUAUCUAUCAUCUGUCUAUCUAUCUAUCUGUCUAUCAUCUAUCUAUCUAGGUGGAAUGGAGCAACUAAAAUGGUACCCCAUUCUGGCUUUUGGCCUAUAGCAAAAACCUAUCUUAUCUCACAAAUUAGGACCUAAGGGCAGGAGGGGUGGGAGUGUGAAACCAGGCCUUAAUGCAUUCACCAUUCUUAAGACCAAAGAAGUUCAGAAGAAGCAUGCUGUAAAUCCUGUGACUUUCUUUGAAAAGAGGAGGUAAACAGGUUUCCUUACAGCAACCUAUGGUAAAGCUCAGGAAACAUUAACCCUAUUCCUGAUGCCACGAAAUAGGUGAUGGCAGCCAAUGGACAGGGCUCCUGUCCCCGAUCAUGCAUUUUUAUGCUCAAACCAAUGUACCCAAGUAACUAUGUUUCAAAUCUUUGCAGUAAUUAUUAAAAAACAACAACAACAAGGAAUUCACCUUAUCAGGCAAAUCUUGAUAGAAACACAAAUUUUUUUCUUAAAUUUAUCAUCAGAAGACUUACCAAUCUUAUACUCUCCUUACAGACCACUUAAGUCUUGAGCCCAGAGGCUCCUCCAAGCAUGUCCAUCAUCUUUCCUGCCUGACUGCUGUAUCCCUAGACCACCCUGAUAACAACAGUCACAAGUGAAAAUGUGAUCUCUCUUGGCCAGAAGUCAUUUGCUUAGUCUGAAUGUGGCAGAAGACAGAAAAGUACAUGUGCACACACAAAACCCCAAACCACUGAAAACUAAAACACUGACUUAGAAAGCAGAACAGCAAUGGAAUUCCUCUAGCAGAGACAGAGUAAGAGGCAAUGUUGGGCCUUUUAAACCUUCAGUCCAUUAGCGGCUUUAGUUGGGAUGAAUGGAAUAUCCAAAAUCAUGUUCUCAAGACCAAAACUGCACAGCAGUUUAAAAACCACUGAAUAUGGAAUGGGUUAGAAGUUUAAAAACAAAAAUGUUAGACUGAUUGUUGACUCACAUUUUUCUAAUUUCUAUCAUCUAAUCACCUCAGCCUAAAAAUCUAAUGUACCUGGACCAUUAAUUACUAAAAGUCUUAUUUAUUUUUGUCUUCAUUUUCGCUUAAAGUUUUGUGGUGAGCUGGGCUUCUCAGUGAACUCCCCAGAAGGCAGAAAUAUCUGCCUUGAAUUCUGUGGAUUCUUUAAACCUGUGUGCUAAUUCAACAAUGUUACAUUAAUUGUAUAAGGGUUUUGUAUAAUUUUCAGACAUCUGUGGUGUAAUGAUCUUUGUAAAACAUGUAUCCUGUAAAGUGCCAUAGUCUUUUUUUAUGUGUAGCAUAUUUAAGAAAUAUAUAUGUAUAUUAUACAUACACAGUUCUGUGUGAAAGAUGUGCAAUAACAGGUGUAUGUAUGUUUUGUUUUUUUGGAAACUGGACAGGAGUCAGAACAGGGAUUGUUUCUGUUUUGGCAAAGGAGAGUAAAACAUUUUUGCCUUCAUGGCCUAGUCAUUAACCCACAAUAAUUUUAAUGCUACACAAGCCUAUGUGAAGGAGAGACUGGUAUGAAUCAUUUUUUCCUGGGUCUAAAUUAAUCACUAGAUUUUUGUGAAAGUUAGCCAGCAAUCCAGGCCCAGUUAAUGCUAGUUUUUCAUGUGAAAUGUGAAGCUGCCAUGUUGCCUUUUCUGUUAGUGUGAUAACUAGUAGCUGGUACAUAAUCAUCACUAAGGAGCUGUUUCUUAAUUAAUCCUUUGAUAGACCAUGUUAAUGCUAGACCGCUAAUCUCACACCUUAGCCAUAGGAGUCUGGCUUAGAACAGACCUCUCUGUGCAAUAACAUGUGGCUACUGGAAAUCCCCAGCCCUCAUUUGUAUUUGGGCAGCAAUGACUCCCAAGGGCCAAAAGAGUUAAAGGCAUGACUAGGAUUUCUUCUGAGACGACUGUGGUAAAAUGCCUUCCAAGGCUGGGGGGUCAUUAUGUGCUUUGGAGGACCUCAGCACCACUUGAUAUUCAACAGCCACUUGAGCCAAAUAUGAAACUGUAUUCACCAUUAAUGGACUCAAUUUGAGCCUUCAAAUUUGUGAUUAUCCUACUAUAUUGUAAGCUAAUACAUUGUUUGUCUAGCAUUGAUUAGGUUUCUGUGCAUAUGUAUUUUCACAACAUCCACCCCACCCCUUCUCAGAUCUGAAUUAAACCAGAUUUUGUAAACACA